UGAAAGGCAUGUGCCUCCUUGGUACUGUACUAAUUUUGCUCCUAUAGUCUUGUGAGCUGUAACCUCGCGGACAGUGUACGUCACUGACAGAGUAGUCUUCCUUUCCGCUAAAAUGGAUACAUUUUCCAAGAGUGUGGAAGAAAUGUCCAUCAAUAGCGAAGAACCACCACAAGAAUACAUAGUUAAAGAUUGCAGCUUUGGAUCUAUAGAGUCUUCUGAUCCACUAGCCUCAAUUCCUAUAAUCAAUAUCAGCAUCUUCUCCCUAUCUUCAUCACAUGAUCCUAAAGAAGUAGAGAAUGAACUUGAGAAACUAAGAUCAGCUCUAAACUCAGGAGGGUGCUUCCAGGCAAUAGGUCAUGGAAUUCCAAGUUCACUACUUGACAAGUUACGCGAAGUCGCAAAACAGUUUUUUGUACUUCCAGCAGAAGAAAAGCGUAAGUACUCCCGAGCAGCAAAUGAGGUUGAAGAGUAUGGGCAAGAUCGAGUAGUUUCAGAAAAGCAAAUCCUUGACUGGAGCCAUCGCCUAUGUCUCAAGGUCUUCCCAGAAGAUCAAAGAAGGCUCAAUUUUUGGCCAGAAAAUCCAAGUGAUUUCAAAGAUAUUCUACAUGAAUAUGUUGUGAAGUUGAAGGGUGUGAUGGAUAUACUCUUUAAGGCCAUGGAAAAGGCUUUGAAUUUGGUAGAGGGCAGCUUCUCAAGCCAGUUUGGAGACAACUCACUGAUCAAAGCAAGAUUUAACUUCUAUCCACCUUGUUCUAGACCUGAUAUGGUUCUAGGUGUCAAAGCUCAUUCAGAUAGAUCAGGAACCACAGUUCUCUUGCAAGAUGAUGAAGUAGGAGGUCUUCAAAUUUUCAAAGAUGACAAAUGGAUUAACGUUCCUGUAAUUCCUCAUGCUCUUGUUGUCAAUCUUGGGGAUCAAAUGCAGAUAAUGAGCAAUGGAAUUUUCAAGAGCCCACUGCAUAGGGUAUUGACCAACACUGACAAGUUGAGGAUAUCUGUGGCAACCUUUAAUACGCCAAAGCCGGAUAAAGAGAUUGGACCUCUGGGACAAUUGAUAGACGAGAAAAGGCCAAGGCUAUAUAUAAAUGUGAAAAACUUUGCUGCUUUCAACUAUGAAUGCUUUCAGAAAGGGAAAGUAGCACUCGAGGAAGCAAAAAUUUAAAUUUUCUUCAUGCUUAUCUAUUCUGGUGUUGAAGCAAGUUGAUGGUGAAACUAUGGAAUUAUAUUGUAUUCUGAUGCUUGUGCAUAAUGCUUUAAAAUAAAGCAUAUGAUAUGUAGGGGAACUUUAUCUUCAUUUCUAUGAAUGUCUAAGUGGCUUUCAUAAAUGA